GUGUGGAUGUGCCUUUAAAGUAAACAUCUUCGUUCCGCCCGCAGCCAACUCGAGGUACCGGUGCCAACAGUCUGAACCAACCUUUAGUCAUUAAGGAUCCUCAAGAAGUAGAAAGAGAGCUUAUGCAGUCAUGACGAGUGUCGCUGGCUUUUGUGCUUGGAUAAUCGGAUAUACGCUGCAGCUCGCCCUUUUCUGCUGUAGUUAUGCUCAACAAAGCCAGCUCUCGGAAAAUAGUACACAGACUGCGUUGACUGAAAAAGAAUUCAGCGAUUUGGUUGUGAAAACUUACGGGUACAGGAGGACGUUAGAGGACAUAACGUUAGAAGACGGCUAUCCUGUGAGUGUUGUCGAUAUAAUGAUACCUGAUUAUACUCCUUCCAGUGGAUUGGUAGUGAACAGAAUUGUGGAGAUCAGCGGUGGAUUUCAUUCGAAUGUCAAGCUACAACUGCCAGCACAAAAAACACCAUCUACUGUCGACACGUCACGAUGGAAAAUCGACAAAUCUUUUCUUUUUCCACGUACAUACUAUAUUCGUAUGAUAGAAGCACUUUUUCGCAGCGAUCUUAUCGAAUUCUCACAGGAUAGCAAUGCUAGAGUACUAGAAAUCGGUCUUGCAGGAGGUACAAUUGACGGAUUUCUGCAUGAAGUCUUUCCAAAGAUGUACAUAACGGUGGUCGAAAUUAGUCGUAAGACUGUCGAUAUGGCUAGAAAAUGGUUUGGAUUGGUGGAAGAUGAUCACUAUAAGGUGAUAGUUGCUGAUGGUGUCGACUACUUAGCAGAAAGAGCUAGGGCAGGAACACAGUACGAUGCGAUCCUGAUCGACGCAUGCCGAUCCGUGCAUAGGGAAAUCAUCAACUGCCCCUUAGAAAAAUUCUACAGCAAGGAGGUUUUGGAAGAUAUUGCUAAACUGCUUCCUUCACAAGGUAUCCUUAUUAUCAAUGCAUGGUCACCGAACAUGGAUCACGAUCAAGUUUAUCAAAUGAUAACUCGAAAUGUGAGGGUGUACUUUGCAUAUUGCGAUCGGUUAGAUGAGCUCGGCUCCCCAAAUCUGGUGAUCUACUGCCUCCAUCGUGCCCCUGCUACAAAACCUGCAAUCGACAUAUUCAAAUUUCGCAGUGGUAACUUUAUACUCUUCUAUUCUGGUUCAGGAGAAGUACUGCCAUCCAGUUUCGUAAUCGCUCUUUUUGCCACCUGUAGACAUCUCUCUGCAAGAUGGUUUCGUCGUUUUCCGCGUGAGGCGUCAAAAAGAGUUCACCCAAAAAGGAUGACCUUUACUCGAUUGGGCUCACAUGCUCCGUGGAUAAGUUACGCGCUGCAGCUCGUCCUCUUGUACUCCAGUUAUGCUCUACAAAACCAAAUUGUGAGCAAUAACGGACAAUCUGCACUGACUGACAAACAGUUUGGCGAUUUAGUUCUGAGAACAUAUGGGCGCAGAAGAAAGCUAGAAAAUAUUACACUAGAGGACGGCGGUCAUGUGCGGGUCACCGACAUAAUAAUACCAUUCAAUCCCUAUAGAAAGUUGGUUGUAAACAGGGUAGCAGAAAUCAAAGAAGGAUUCCAUUCGAGUGUCAGGCUAAAACUGCCAGAAAAGUUGACACCUUCGACUAUCGAUACAUCACAAUGGGAGAUUGACAAGACGUUUCUUUUUCCACAUACUUACUAUAUUCGCAUGAUAGGUGCGAUGUUUCGCAGCGAUCUCAUCAAUCUCUCACAGAACAGCAAUGCUAAUGUAUUAGAAAUUGGCCUUGGAGGUGGCACAAUCGACGUAUUCUUGCAUGAAGUCUUUCCACAGAUGAACAUUACGGCAGUGGAAAUUAGUCGAAGGACUGUUGAUAUGGCUAGAAAAUGGUUUGGAAUGGUGGAAGAUGAUCACCAUAAAGUGGUAGUAGCCGAUGGUGUGGCUUACAUUGCAGAAAAAGCUAGGACAGGGGCUCAGUAUGAUGCGAUCCUAAUCGAUGCAUGCCGAUCCGAGCAUCCGGGAAAUAUUAAUUGUCCUUUGGAAAUAUUUUACAGCGAUCAGGUUUUGAGGAAUGUUGCUAAACUGCUUCCUCCACAAGGUAUCCUGGUUAUCAAUGUCUUGUCGAUGAGACUUGAUGUCGACACCGCUUAUCAAACCUUAGCAAGGAAACUACUCGUGUAUUUUUCAUUUUGCGAUAAGUUGCGCUGGACCGGCUCUCGUAACCAGGUGAUAUAUUGCCUGCAUCGUGCUCCGACUCCUAAACCUAUGAUCGACAUGUACAAGUUUCUCAGCGACAUAAAGAAGAUGUGACCCC